AUGGGAAUGAUCCGUCCCCGGAGAAGCCACCGCCUUCGCCCGCGCCGCUGCCCACCCCGCAGCCCGCCCCUCAGCCCUCGCCAUGAGGCUCUGUUGAUCUACUUGGCCGGAGGGCCACCCCCGGAAAACCUGUUACCCAUGCUUCCAGCCAUGGCCCCUGCGCCUCCGCCCAUGGCCGCUGCGCCUCCUCCCGUGCCUCCUGCGCCUCCAGUGGCGGUGCUGGGGCCCAUCUCCCAAGUGCGCCAGAAUUACCAUGCCCACUGCGAGGCCUCUAUCAACAAACAGAUCAACCUGGAGCUGCACGCCUCCUACGUGUACACGUCCAUUGCCUUCUACUUCGACCGCCAGGACCAGGCCUUGCAGCACUUCGCUGCCUUCUUCCUGUGGCAGUCCAGGGAGGAGUGGGAGCAAGCCCAGGCAUUGAUGAGGCUGCAGAACCGGCGAGGGGGGCGGAUCCGCCUGCGAGAUAUCAGGAGGCCUGACCACAACCGGUGGGAGAGCGGCCUGAAAGCCAUGAAAACCGCCUUGCACAUGGAGAGGAUGGUGAACCAGAGCCUGCUCCGUCUGCACCAGCUGGCCACCAGCAAGAACGACGCCCACCUGUGCGACUUCCUGGAGCACCACUACCUGCGCCAGGAGGUGAAGUUCAUCUACAAUGUGGGAGCCAAUAUCAGCGACCUGCGCAAGCUGGGAGCCCCGACCUCCAGCCUGGCGGAGUACCUCUUCGACGCGCUCACCCUGAAUGCCAGCAAGAAGAACUGA